UUUCAAACCUUGCAGCUAAGUUCAGUCACGGCAAUGCUGCAAAAUAUCAGUAAAAUUCUGUGGUAGGGUUUUAGCUACACAACAUUUUCUUCCAGCUUCCCCUCUCUUAUGAUCUUCCUCCAUCAAUCAAAGUUUGCAAUGGGAAGAAGGAAAACUGAAGAGGUUAAUACAACAAAACCCAGUAAAACUACUAUUAAAGAUGAGAAGACAAGUGCUCUGUUCCGAGUUCAACUCGUAAGAUGGAGUCUGCUGAUGAACCAAAAAAUCACCUCCCUAUCAUUGCUAGCAAGCCAAAAGAAAAUGUAGCAGCAAGAUGUGAAUCUUACAUAGACGAGUCUUUGCUUCCACCAUUAAACGAUGAUGAUUACUUUUCAUCCGAGGAAGACCAAGAUAAUGUACCCGUUGGCAAGAAAUGCAAUCGUUGUCCUGAUCUCAAACCUCUUGAAUUUUCUAUGAGUGAAAAGAAUUUGAAAAAAAGAGAGAUGAAGGAAAUGCAGGCUAUUGAGGCUGCUUAUAACGCGAAACAAGAAGCUCUCAGGGAGGAUCGUGAUGCAUUUACUGUUGCAAUAGGUAACCAAGUUUCUGUCCUUGAUGGGGAGCACAAUGCAUAUGCUAAUGUUAAGGACAUUUCAGUUCAUAAUUUUUCUGUAUCUGCCCGAGGGAUAGUGCUUCUCAAGGACACAUCUGUUACGAUUGCUCAUGGAAAGAAGUAUGGUUUGGUUGGUCCUAAUGGAACAGGGAAAUCCGCAUUAAUGAAGCUUCUCGCUUGGAGGAAGAUUCCUGUGCCCAAAAAUAUUGAUGUUCAUUUGGUUGAGCAAGAAGUGGUUGGUGAUGACAGAUCAGCCCUUGAAGUAGUGGUUUCCGCCAAUGAAGAACUUGUCAAACUCCGUGAACAAGUUGUGGGUUUGCUGAAUUUAUCUGUUGAUGGAAACGUCUAUGAUGAUAUUGCAGGGGAGAAGCUUGCUGCAUUAUAUGACAGGUCGCGGAUAAUUGGGGCAUACACAGCUGAGGCACAGGCAUCAAAAAUUCUAGCUGGGUUAGGUUUCAUAAAAGAUAUGCAGAUGCGAGCUACUCGAUCAUUUAGUGGUAGAUGGAGGAUGAGAAUCUCAUUGGCUAGGGCGUUGUUCGUCCAACCAACCCUCUUACUACUUGAUGAGCCCACCAACCAUCUCGACCUUCGCGCUGCUCUCUGGUUAGAAGAAUACUUGUGUUGUUGGAAAAACACUCUUGUCAUAGUCUCACAUGACCGUGAUUUCCUCAAUACUAUCUGCGGUGAUAUUAUUCAUCUUCAUGAACAGAAACUUCAAUUGUAUCGUGGCAAUUUUGAUGAGUUUGAAAGACUGUAUGAGCAACGUCGCAGGGAGGUUAAUAGAAUAUCUGAGACACAUGAAAAACAGGUGAAGGCUGCUACAAGAGCUGGGAACAUGGUUCAACUCGAAAAGGCGAAUGCUCGAGUCAAGAUCCUUGUAAGAAAAGAAGUAUCUAGGGGCAAGGUGGACGAGGACAGCGAGCUGUUGACAAAUACCCCCAAAAAGUGGACAGAUUACAGUGUAAUGUUCCACUUUCCGGGGCCAACCAAACUCAAGGCACCUCUGUUGCAGCUAAUUAAUGUCCAUUUUAGCUAUCCAAACAGGAAUGACUUCAGGCUCUCAAAUGUUGAUGCUGGUAUUGAUAUGGGAACCCAAGCAGCAAUUGUUGGUCCGAACGGAGCUGGAAAAUCUGCACUUCUUAAUCUUCUUGCUGGCAAUUUAGUUCCCACGAGCGGGGAGGUUCGAAAGAGUCCGAAAUUGAGGAUUGGGAGGUAUUCGCAGCACUUCGUGGAUCUUUUAACAAUGGAGGAAACCCCGGUCAAAUAUCUUCUCCGUCUUCAUUCUGAUCAAGAAGGACCUAGCAAGGAAGAGGCUGUUUGUGCAAAGCUUGGAAAGUUCGGUCUUCCCAGAAAUAACCAUUAUAUUCCAAUAGUGAAACUUUCUGGAGGGCAAAAGUCUAGGGUUGUAUUCACUUCAAUCUCCAUGUCAAAGCCCCACAUAUUGUUAUUGGAUGAGCCAACAAACCACUUGGAUAUGCAGAGCAUUGAUGCACUAGCUAAUGCAUUGAAUGAGUUCACAGGGGGUGUUGUUCUAGUUACCCAUGAUUCCAGGCUAAUUUCACAGGUCUGUAAUGAUGAAGAGGACAGUGAAAUCUGGGUAGUAGAGAAUGGGACUGUUGAAGCUUUUCCAGGGACGUUUGAUGAGUACAAGAAAGAACUCCAGAGAGAAAUCAAAGAUGAGGCCGAUGAAUGAUGCUUCGUUAAAGGUUCAGGUAUGUCUGAAGACCCGAUUAUUAUCUACUGGGUAUUUUUUUUUUAUAAUGAUGAAAGAAGAGUUCAAGUUACGAAUUAGAUGAAAUUCAAGGUUGAUGGCUGAUUUAGCAUUGAAGGUUAUGGAGUAUCAUCAUCCCGGCAUUGAAUUUCUAGUUAGAUAUAUUCAUGUGCGUGAAACAAAAUGGACUGUUUCUUCCCGAACUUCCUACUGGAUUUGUGGUAUGUACGUUUUGAAAACGAUAAUGUUGGAAAUUUGGAAUAGAUAGAUAGACAUAGGAAAGAGUUCCAUUUUCAACCUUUUUUUAAUUUUUUUUUUAGUAUCUUUUUUUACUUUAGCAGGAUGGGUUAGGCAAUAUACACCAA